AUUAUCUAUGAUGCAUUUUAUCUAAACUAAACUCAACUGUCGUAGUUGGUGUUGAUGUUUCGAUUCGGAGAAAUAAUUACGUGAAAUUACGAGCACACUGCAUUGAAGUGAUCACGACUCGCCCGCAUAUGAGUUGUUAUUAAAAGUGCUUGACGUGUAUUAUGGUUUGACAAUCUCUGUAUUCGUUUUACGUAACAAUGGAUAUAUCCGCUCCAACCGGAGUGAAUCACAGUGGACUUGCUCACAGUACGGAUGGAUUCUUAGGCAUUCCUAUCGAAUCUUCUGCUCUGGAUGUUUUGUCAACUAAACGAAGAAGCUCGUCACGGACAAUAAAACGCAGAAAGUUUGAUGAUGAGCUGGUGGAGACAACGUUUAACUUACAACCACCUGCAACAAGUACCAAGUCAACAUCGAGAUCUCGAACAAUAUCUGUAUCUGCCGGUUCUAUGGAUGUCUUGCCAUCACAAACAUUACCUAGUCCAAUACCAAUACCAACCACCUUAAUACAGUCAGAUAGAUGCAAUCGCAGACCCACUAGACCCAGUGGCUCAAAUGGUCCUGGACGCAAAAACAAGAAGAACAAAAAUCAUGCUCAUUCCAUCAAUGCUACUAAAGAUCUUGGACGAUGGAAACCUACUGAUGACUUAGCAUUGAUCACUGGUGUACAACAAACAAAUGAUUUAAGAAUGGUUCAUCGAGGUACAAAAUUUUCCUGCCGCUUUACAUUACAAGAGAUACAACAGAGAUGGUAUGCUUUAUUAUAUGACAGUGCUAUUUCACGUGUGGCUGUACAAGCUAUGCGUAACUUACAUCCGGAAUUGAUAGCCAGUGUGCAGGCAAGGACAUUGUAUAGCAAGGCAGAGGAAGAUCUCUUGGGUACUAUUAAAUCAACUUCUCAACCAACACUGGAAGCGUUUCAAGAAUUACUUGAAGCAAAUGCACAUGCAUUUUAUCCAGCUAGGACUGCAAAGGCGUUACACAGCCAUUGGCAAUUAAUGAGACAGUAUCACCUAUUACCAGAUCAAACAGUACAAAGCUUACCACGUGGUGAACAUGUAUUGAACUUUUCGGAUGCUGAAGAUAUGAUUAACGACGCGGAAUUAAUAGAACCUAAGGAUGAACUGGUGGAUGCUGAAUUAGCAAUGGCAGACAGAAAGAAUAAGCGAGAAAUUAAAGUAUUAGAAAACGAGCUCGGCCGAUGGCAGGUAUUGGUCGAUAGUGUAACAAAUAACAAUCCAGCAGAUUUCGAUAACCAAACCUUAGCCAUUCUAAGAGGAAGACUUGUCAGAUAUCUCAUGAGAUCUAGAGAGAUAACCGUAGGACGUACUACUAAGGACCAUACUGUUGAUGUAGAUCUUACUUUAGAAGGUCCAGCCUGGAAAGUUUCACGUCGACAAGGCACUAUUCGUUUAAGGAACAAUGGAGACUUCUUCCUGUCGUCCGAAGGGAAACGGCCGAUUUUUGUGGAUAGCAGACCAAUUCUGGCUGGCAAUAAGAUAAAAUUAAAUAACAAUAGCAUACUAGAAGUUGCAGGAUUGAGAUUCAUAUUUUUAAUAAACCAGGAACUUAUUUCUGUGAUACGACAAGAGGCUGUAAAGUUAAAUUUAAACCCUUGAAACAUUUUAGAAAAGGCAAAUGACAAUAUCUGAUACCGUGGAUUACGUUUGUAAACACAAAACCACAGUUUAUGGUAAAAUACUCCUCUCAGACUUAAUCUACUUUUUACAUUUGAGUAUAGCAAGUAUACAUAUAUAUAUAUAUAUAUAUUGUAGUAUCUCAUAUUCACUUGUAUAUAUCUAUAAUUGUUUACAUAACUGAUACGACAUAACUGACACGAAAUACAUAAGCAUACUUUUUUUAUGAAAAGUUAUUUUUCUAGAGUAAAUCAAAGGCUUAUGAAACUUGAAAAAUAGCGUACAUUUAAUAAUGCAAUAUAUUUUAAGAACUUGGACUUGUGCAUAUUCUCUAUCUUGAAAACGAAUUUUUAUAUUUUUGCCAUUAUAUAUAUAUAUAAUAUGAUGUGUAUGUGUGUGUGCACACAAUAUUCAAAUUCAUUUGCAUUCUUAGUGUUGAUAAGUUGCAACUACUUCCAUGUAAAAACAAGCAAUAAUAUAUAAUAUUUUGAGGUGUAUGAUGCAAGUUUUAAAAAUUCACACAAGUGACAUGUAAUAAUUUGCAUGUAUCUCUGUAAAAAAAUAAAUUAUGAUAUGCCAGGCCGAAUACAUCCUUUCAUUUGUC